UCUGGCUUAAUUAAUUUUUUAUUUAUUUUUCAUAUGCAAUUUGUUGUUGCUGGACUUGAGAGAGUUUAAUUAUUUAACUAAUUAAAUCAAGCAAUCCUUUCCCAAUUUUCCAAAAUCUCCCACUUCAGGACAAGGCAUGUCUAUUGUCCACAAAAGCAAAAGAAAGAGAAAAAAAAUAUAAUAAUAAUAAUAAAAAAAAGAGUCCCUCCUUAUCAUGGAACAUGAAAACUGUUUCCAGUCUUUGAGAUGCCCCAACUUUCUGCAUUUUUUGUUACUUCUUUUGUCUCAUUCAACCAAGUCCUUCCAAAUUUCACAUCCAGACAACAUUUUGUCCAAACAGCCACCCUAACCCACCUGUUUCAUGUCAAAUCUCAUUAACCUAAUUCCCUUUAUUUUUAUCUUAUUUACAUCAAGUAAUGCAUAUAAAUUGUUGUUUGCUGCUCUAUUGAUCAACCACAACAAAGAAAACCCUAGCCUAGUUUCUUAAUUUUUUGUUUUAUUUUUCUUUUUUGAACUUAUCAUGACCACCACUCUCUCUGAAGCCUACAGGGAGCAUCCUAUCCAUCUCCGCCAUAUCAUUCCUUUGGAUUUCAACUCCGCCCGGAUCGUGCCCGACUCACACGUGUGGCCUAAAUCCGAUGAUUUCUCAUCUGAUCACCGGUUAUCGAUCCCUGUAAUCGACCUGAAGGAUCCCAAUGCUGUGAAACUUACAGGCCAUGCAUGUGAGACAUGGGGUGCGUUCCAAGUCAUUAACCAUGGCAUUCCUUUGAAUCUUCUUGAAGACAUGGAAUCUGAGGCUCGGCGGCUGUUCUCUCUCCCGACUCAGCAGAAGAUGAAGGCGUUGCGUGAACCAGCGAGCGCCACUGGAUAUGGCCUAGCUCGGAUAUCCCCGUUUUUCCCCAAGUAUAUGUGGCACGAAGGGUUUACAAUCAUGGGUUCACCUGUUGUUCAUGCUAGGGCACUUUGGCCUAAUGAUAAUGCACGUUUUUGUGAUGUGAUAGAGAGAUAUCAGAAGAAAAUGGAAGUACUAGCAGAGCAACUCACACAUCAGAUCCUCAACUCAUUAGACAUUUCCCAAGAAGACCUAAACUGGGACUUGGGUUCACCCUACACCGCUCUCCAACUCAACUCUUACCCUUCAUGUCCAGACCCGAAUCGAGCCAUGGGUCUAGCCCCACACACCGACACAUCCCUCUUAACCAUUCUACACCAAAGUGCCAUAAGUGGUCUCCAAAUCUUCCAAGAAGGAGUGGGUUGGGUUUCUGUGCUCCCCAUUGCUGGUGCCCUGGUGGUUAACGUUGGCGAUCUUUUGCAUAUUUUAUCAAAUGCUCGAUUCCCUAGCGUGCUUCACCGAGCUGUUGUGAACCCAGAUGGGUGCCACAGGUUAUCUGUGGCUUACUUCUAUGGAUUACCCACAGAUUCUAAUGUAUGUCCGUUGCCAAAGCUCUUAAAUAUUUCAGGCCAAACCCCCAGAUACCGAUCUGUGACAGUGAAAGAUUAUGUGCUUAUCAAGUCUAAGAAUUUCGAGGAAGCACUUUCAUUAAUUAGAAUUUAAUUUAAUUAAGCCAGGCCUUUUUUUAAAAAAAAUUUUAACAUUAGUGGAGGGGAACUAUUUGGAUUUUAAUUCUUCACUUUGGCAGUUGCCGGUUGGAACUAUAGUUGUAAUUAAAUAAAAUUAUAUUCCUUUUAA